UAAACCGCAUGUGUGAGAGAAGAUCAGCUGAACCGCAGAUUAUUAUGAACUGUUCCUAAUUACAGACACUGAGAGAUCCAACAACCCAAACACUUCAGGAUCCACCAAGCUGCUAUUUAUGUCAACUCGCUGUUUCCAAGGUGGAUGUGUAGUGGCCAAUUUCUGUGGGUCCUUAGUGAAGCAUGGCUGUAGCUGGAUGCCCUGACUACUUUGUACACCACCAAAACUACCAGGAUAAUGUCAACCACACAACCCCUGGAUCCACCAGUCUUAUUCGCUUCCAGCAGCCAUCAAAUCAGAACUCUGAUCACCCAGAUGAGGACGUCGAUCUACAGACUUUGGUCAAUGACAUGACCUCUCUUUCGCCUUAUGAGGGCCUCUACACCAUGUUUAAGAACCAGCCCUCAGAUUCUGUCCCGCUGUUGCACAAUGACCAGGGUGGUGGUCUCUCGGGUUACAGGAUGGCUCAGCAACACUGUUUGCCAAGUAGUCGAGAAUCUGCCACAUGCUCACCUGGUCAGAAAGUCCGUCGCUCGCAACCCAUGCACAUACUGGCUGUUAGGAGACUUCAGGAAGAGGAGCAGCAAGUCCGUCCAGCGUCUUUGCCGGCCAUCCCCAACCCUUUCCCUGAGAUAUGCAUUCCUGCUGGAUCCCCAAAACUCAGCCCUGGCUCCCUGCCUCCACCAUCAGACAUGCAUAUCAUUAAGGUGUAUAGUGAGGAUGGCGUUGGAAAAGUGGUGGAAGUUCCUGCUCAUACGACAGCCAGAGACGUCUGUCAGCUCCUGGUCUAUAAAAGCCACUGCCUAGAUGACAACUGCUGGUCUUUAUUGGAGCAUCAUCCGUUGCUUGGACUGGAGAGGUGUUUGGAGGACCAUGAACUGGUGGUCGAGGUGCAGGCCUGCAUGUCUCCAGAGAGCAAGUUUCUCUUCAGGAAGAACUACGCCAAAUAUGAGUUCUUCAGGAACCCACUGAAUUUCUUCCCAGAGCAGAUGGUAGCAUGGUGUCACGAGUCCAACGACACAAUCCCACCAUCGCAGCUACUGCAGAAUUUCUUAAAUUCCAGUCGCUGCCCCGAGAUCCAGGGCUUCCUCUACAUGAAGGAGACUGGCCGCAAGUCCUGGAAGAAGCUCUACAUGUUUCUGCGCCGCUCCGGUCUUUACUUCUCCACCAAAGGAACGUCCAAGGAGCCCAGACAUUUGCAGUUGCUCUCGGAUCUGGAAGAAAACAGUUUGUUCACUAUGAUGACUAGCAGGAAGGUGCACAAUGCUCCCACCGACUACCAGUUCUGCAUUAAGCCUACUAAGGGAUUGGCUGAGCCGAGAGAUUUGAAGAUGCUUUGUGCUGAAGAUGAGCGGAGCAGAACGUGUUGGAUGACUGCUUUCAGAGUGCUUAAGUAUGGAAUUCUGCUCUACCAGAACUACAAAAUCCCCCAACAAAGAAAGUCACCAGUCACCAGUGCCUCUACACCAGUGCGGAGCGUGUCUGAGAAUUCUCUGGUCGCCAUGGAUUUCUCAGGAAGGACAGGUCGUGUGAUUGACAACCCUGUGGAAGCGAUGAGUGCUGCCGUGGAGGAGGGACACACAUGGAGAAAGCGAAGUCAGCGAAUGAAUGUACUUGGCAACCCUAGUUCUCUGCAAUCCUCCACAAUAAAUACAGCAAUCCACCGAACACAACUGUGGUUCCACGGUCGAAUCAUGAGGGAGGAUUCCCACCGUAUGAUAAUGCAGCAGGGCCAAGUGGAUGGGUUGUUCCUCUUGCGUGAUAGUCAAAGUAAUCCAAAGGCUUUUGUUCUCACUUUGUGCCAUCAUCAGAAGAUUAGACAUUUCCAGAUCCUGCCUUACGAAGAGGAUGGUCAGAUCUUCUUCAGCCUUGACGAAGGUGCCACCAAAUUCACCGACCUGAUUCACCUUGUAGAAUUCUACCAGCUUAACAAAGGAGUCCUUCCUUGUAAACUUAAACACCCCUGCACCAUGGUGGCCUUAUGAUCUUCAUUUACAAAGGUUCCAAAAGAUUAACUGACAUUACAUUGCCUACACACACAUACGUCUGGGAAAAUGGACUUUGUUUUUUCUGUCCCUCAAUCUUGAUGAGCUGUAUCCCAUUAACAGACAUGGAUCCUCCUAUUAAUCAGGCUCUCGGAUUGAUGCAGUCCAUGUUCCUUCGGUUUCAAUAAUACUGUCAAGUCACUUCAAGAUUCCUUCAGGUAUCAAUGCCAUCAUACAGGCCACUGCAAAUGAUGGGUAAAAGAUAAGAUGUAUAGUGUUUUUUAUUUACUUUAUUAUGUGUUGGCAUGUUUUGGUAUGCUGUCUUCAUACCUAAACAUUUUACACUUUCAAGCUGAAAACAGGUGGCCCACUUUACGGUUAAAAUGACCGUUUUAUCCGUCUCUGCCCUUUCUGUCACCCCUCCUUAUAUAUCCUGUGGUUAGUAAGUCCCAGUGGGGAUUCCCUGUAAGGUGAUUGGAUUACAGCACAAGACACAGAGCUAUUACUGAGCUUUCUAUUGCCAAGGUUACAGCUGAACAAGACUACAUCAGCAGACCUGACUUUCUAAAUACUGACACCUGUUUCACUGUGCUUAGUUCUUUAUCCAGUUUUCUUUGUC